AUGCCCUCAUUCCUCAACGACGCCAACUCGCCCAUCUUCCAGGACAACGCGGAUAUCCUUAAUCUUGAUCCCCAUAACGACUUCGGCGUCGCUGCCUCAGGUAAGGACGCUCGGGUCGUGGAUGGCGGCAUCACCAUCCCGCAACAACCCCAGUCUCGUACCAUCAAUGAACCAUACGACGAGACGUCAAACUCAUCCAUCCACGACUCUGACGUAUCGGACUCUGUCCCCAUGAACACGAAUGGAAACGGCACUCGCCCUACGAGCAUGAGCUCCCUUCCUAACAACAAGAGUUUGUCCAAUGGGAACGACAGUGGAUAUGAUGCCGAUGGUCCUAUCAAGAAUGAUGACGCGUUCGCCAAUGGUAUCACGCAUACACUUCCCGACCGCACAGUCCGCAAUUCGAAAGAAGCCGGUGUCAAUGGGACAGCGAACACGAACGAGAUGACCCACCACUCCCAACAUGAAGAGUCAACGACCGAUUAUUUUACAGAGAGUUCGAAAUCUGCACGUCAUCUGGGAGAGGACGUCCGACAUCAGCUCCAGACGAUCCAUUCGGGGAGCGAAGCCAUCAACGCUAAUGACCAUAAUGCCUCGCCAACAGCAUUUAUACCUGACUCCACACCACCCAAUUCCUCAACACAUCGACUAUCCUCAUCGCCGACCUAUCAGGCAGGAGCCGGCUCGCCGUCGUCUUCUAACCUGCAAAACUCGCACCCGAACUCCCAAUUACGGCAGAGACAUACUCUCGAAGUACCCAGAGCCUCCGCAAACCGACUUGCCAAAGAUGGACCGGAAACUUCACAGGCCACUGGACGCUAUUCACACCCCGUUGCGCCCGUCGGCUCACGGAGAGCAUCAUUGAGCUUGGCUCGUAGGACAACCAGGUCUAUGCAGUCGGAAGGUCCGCGCGACGAGAUUGUGCCAGAUGAAGAUGCUCAGAGAUGGGCUGAGGCACUUCGGCAGAAGAGGGCCAGCAAGCGCAAGAGAAAGGAAGAGGAAGACGAUGACCGGGUCCUUGUGGGAACGAAAGUGGACGAGUCCCAUGCCAACUGGGUCACAGCCUAUAACAUGCUGACAGGAAUCCGGGUAUCGGUCUCAAGAACAAAUGCAAAGUUAGACCGUGAGCUUACGGAUGAAGACUUUGAAGUGAAGCAGAAGUCUACCUUCGAUAUAACUGGCAAUGAGUUAGUCCCCUCAGCGAAAUACGAUUUCAAGUUUAAAGAUUAUGCGCCUUGGGUCUUUCGACAUCUGCGAUCUCUCUUCCGCCUGGACCCUGCAGACUACCUCAUGUCUCUGACCGGAAAGUACAUUCUCUCCGAACUUGGAUCACCAGGCAAGAGUGGGAGCUUCUUCUACUUUUCCAGAGAUUAUAAGUACAUCAUUAAAACGAUCCAUCAUGGUGAACACAAAUUCCUGAGGAAAAUCCUCAGAGAAUACUAUUCACAUGUCAAACAAAACCCCAAUACGCUCUUGUCUCAAUUCUACGGCCUCCAUAGAGUCAAGCUUCCGUAUGGCAAGAAGAUCCACUUUGUUGUCAUGAAUAAUCUCUUUCCCCCGCAUCGCGAUAUCCAUACGACCUUCGACUUGAAAGGCUCGACUAUUGGUCGAGACUAUAGGGAAGAAGACUUGGAGAAGAAUCCCCGAGCCACAUUGAAGGAUCUGAACUGGUUGCGACGAAAGCGUACCUUGGAGCUUGGGCUGGAAAAGAAGCGAUUAUUUUUGGAACAACUACAACGCGAUGUUGUUCUUCUAAAGCGCCUCGAUAUCAUGGACUAUUCUCUCUUGGUGGGUAUCCAUGAUCUAUCAAGAGGCAACGACGAAAACCUUCGCGAUAAGACACUUCAGGUUUUUAACCCAGGUGGUGAGAAGUCUCCUGAAGAUGAGCCCCAAUCUGUCCUCCUUCGAACUCCUUCGAAGUUGGAAAACGCACGAAAAGCUCGGGAGCUCAGGCAGAUGAUUCGGGCGGAAAGGCCAGUCCCGCUUGGACAGGCAUUUGACAAGAUGCCCGAAGUAUUGACUGAGGGUCAAAGCCGGCCUGGGUUCGUUUUCAAUGAGGAUGAUGGUGGUUUCAGGGCCACGCAUGAAGAUAAUGCUCCUGCUGAUGAGAUUUAUUAUCUUGGUGUCAUUGAUUGCCUAACUCAUUACGGAAUGAUCAAGAAGGUUGAGCAUUUCUGGAAGGGCCUGACAAGUGACAAAACACAGAUUUCAGCACUACCCCCAGCUCAAUAUGGGGAUCGUUUCUACAACUUCGUGGAGGGCAACACGAUGUCUGUGGAGGAGGCUAAGAGGGAGGAAGCGCGGUUGAAAGCACAGGAAAUUACCCAAAGCUUGGAAUCCACGAUCAAACCGCCCAAGCACCAAAGCAUUCCUCCUAUGCCCGAUCACCAACCGCCGGCACCUCCCCCAGGUGGACGAUCUCCGGAGGGCCGAGAGACUGUGGAAAUGGCCAGCAGGGAAGCCCAACGAACCGAAGCCGCGGGCGUGUCUGAAAAGCACAUCCCCGAUAGGACACUUCGGGCCGCAGUCCCCUAUUCGGAUAAGCGAGAAUCUCUUCAUCGUGAACCGAUCCUCCCCCUCGUCCAAGAGGCAAUUGAAACCUCAGAGAUUCGUCCCGAAACUCCGCCAAAGAAUUUCAUGUUACCACCAACCCGAGCUCCACCUCCAACUCCACCGAAACCAUCAUCGCUGGCUAACGCUUCUGGUUUCCCAAACGGUACCGCCGGUAGGAGACUAAAAACCAUGGCAAGCCAAGAGAGCCUUAACAAAUCUCUACCGCCGCUUCCGAAACAGGAAGAGACGGACGACAGUGGCGUUAGAAUGGUUGCAUAG